AUGGUGCGCAUCUUCGUGAAGGGAGGCGUGUGGAAGAACAGCGAGGACGAAGUCCUCAAGGCUGCGGUGAUGAAAUAUGGGAUCAACAACUGGUCGCGAGUCGCCUCGCUCCUCGUCCGCAAGUCUGCGAAGCAGUGCAAAGCCAGGUGGUACGAGUGGCUGGACCCGAGCGUGAAGAAGACUGAGUGGACGCGCGACGAAGAAGAGAAGCUUCUGCAUCUCGCGAAGCUCUUCCCCACGCAGUGGCGGACCAUCGCGCCGAUAGUCGGCCGCACGGCGCACCAGUGUCUGGAGCACUACGAGAAGCUGCUUGACCAGGCGCAAGGAAACGAUGAAGAAGACGACGGGAAACCGAAGAAGUCCCUCGUCCCAGGGUCUGUUCGCCAGACCGGAAACGCGGGGUCCGCUCAGGCUCGUGGGCGCCUGGACGAUCCGCGCCGCCUGCGCCCGGGAGAAAUUGAUCCUCAUCCGGAGACGAAGCCGUCGCGAGCAGACACGAUUGACAUGCAGGACGAUGAGAAGGAGAUGUUGCAGGAGGCUCGCGCGCGUCUGGCGAACACGCGAGGCAAAAAAGCGAAGAGAAAGGCGCGCGAGAAACAGCUGGAGGAGGCGCGCCGCCUGGCGUCUCUUCAAAAAAGACGAGAGAUGAAGGCUGCCGGCCUGAUUACAUCGCUCCGUCCGCACAAGCGCCGCCGCGAAAUGGAUUACGGCGUCGAUGUGCCCUUCGAAGAGAAGCCGCCUCCAGGAUUCCACGCGGUCGGCGCGGACGAGACUCCAGAAGGCAAUCUGAACUUUGCCAACAUCAGCCUCCAGCAGCUGGAGGGCACAAUGCGUGCCCAGGAGGAGAUGAAGCUGCGCCGCGAAGACGCGCGAAAACUGAAGCGCCUUCAAGAGGAGAAUCUGCCGCAGUACCUGCAGCAGCUCGAAGAGAAAAACAAACUCGACAUGAUGCGAAAAAAGCAAAAACUCAGCCUUCCCGCUCCCGCGCUGCAGGAACACGAGCUCGAAGAGAUCGUUCGUUUGGGCAGCGAGGCUUCAGCCCUCUCCGGAGCGGGAAGCGAACUGCCGACCAACCGGCUCCUGGCGUCUGGCGCGAGCCUGGCUGCAGGUAAAGAGUCUUUUUCUCAUUUUCUCUGGAGAGAGCAGAUUUCUCUCUCAUUUGUGUUUGUUUUUCUCUCUCUCAUUCGAACUCCCGUGACAGGAGCGACGUCUUCAGUGGCCCGUACGCCUCGACGGGAGGAGGUCAUCCUCAUGGAAGCCGCCAACGCAGUCAUGACGAUCAACCAGUCGACGCCUCUCGAGGGCGGAGAGAACCUGCAGCUCCACCAGACCGGCCUGAGCGGAAAGAUCUCCUUCGGCGGCGCGACGCCCGCGAGCGUCGCAGGGCAGCGCACGCCAAAUUACCUCGCCGAAGCCUACAAGCAGAGACGCGCCAUCGACGCAGCGUCAUCACUGGCGACGCCCAGAACACUCGGUGGACAGAGCGAGUUCGGCGCGACUUCUCGAGGCGACGCCGACGAUUCUGUGGCGGAGAGCGGCGGCAUGGGAGCAAAGGCUCGCCUGUCGCUCGCGCAGCUGCAUGUGCGCUCGUCGCUCUCCUCGCUGCCGCAGCCGCAAAACGAAAUUGAAUCUGCGCUGCCCACUGCAGAGGAGCUGGCGGCGACGGCGGAGGAGGAUACGCGCUACGAGGAAGAGGACACGGAAGAAGUUUUGAGGCGCGAGCGACUUGAAGCGGAGGUGGCGCGCGAGGCGGAGUGGCGGCGGCAGUCUCAGGCUGUGCAGCGGUACUUGCCACGCCCGUAUCUUCUCCCCGAGGCGAAUUUCGGCGCGGGCAGCGCGAGCGCCGGCGUGUUUCCGCUCUUUUUCGGCGACGAAAAACAGACGCAGACGCUCAUUCUGCAACGCGAAGGCGAGGAAGACGAAACCAUGUUCAAAAAGGGCGGCGACCGCGCCGACAGGAAACGCGAGAAAGCCGCCGAAGUCGCACGCGGCAUGAAAGAAGCCGAAAAACUGAUUAAUCACGAAGUUAUGGCUCUGCUGACCAACGACGCGCUGAAGCACCCCUUCAAAGGAAGCAAAGCUCCGUCUGCGGCGGCAGAUCUUGAGAAGCUGGACGACGCGCUGCUCUACGAGGCGCGCGAGAUGCUGCGCUGCGAAGCGGAGCUGCUGCAGCACCAGAGCGAAAUCGCGGAGAACGGGAUGCUCGACGAGGAGCGAGUGACGCGCAUUUUUGAAGACGCACAGGACACCUUCAUCUUCUCUCCUGUGGCAAAAAGGUACGUUUUGUAUCAAACUCUCUCGGGCUCUGAGCGCGCGGACGCGCUGAAGCGACAGUUUGAAGACCUGAAGAAGCAGCUGGAGGCGACGGCGAACCGCUUGAAGAAGGCGGAGAAGAAGUACGCCGUGCUGACCAAGGGCUACGAGACGAAAGCUGCAAAUCUACUGGAAAGACUCGAGGAAACUUACAAAGAGCUGGAACUCCAGAGUGCGAAUCUGGCGGCCUUCCACGCGCUGCGGGACUGCGAACUGUCGGCAAUUGAGAAGCGAAAGGCAGAACAGCAGGCCUUGGUGCUACGCGAGCGAGAAAAACAUUUGUGGUUGCAGCGACGCUACGCCGCGCUCCAGCGCCAGAAGGAAGAUCUUCAAUCGCGGCUCGCCUCCGCCCCGACGGCCUCAGCCGCGCCCAACGCGGCGGCUGUCUCCGCGACCGCGUAA